ACUCUUUCUUUCACAACACAACUCGACUCGCUCGCCACUCACUGGUCCGAAUCGCCAUCUCCAUCGCCGAAGGUUUGUUCCAUGAAACCCAGAGAGAGAUAGAGAGAGCCCUAACCCUACUGCUCACUUGAGCUUUCCCUCCCCAAAAUCACCCCUUUCGCUCCCUCCAAUCCCCGAGCUAUUUCCCUCUUAUUGCUGAUUUUUAUAUCUGAAUAUACAGAUAGAUUCGUUGUUAGGGUUUUGGGGAGAACGAGGAUUCGAUACGACGGACGCACUUUGAAGAAGGUCGUUGGAUUAGGGUUUUCAGAUGGGGAGCAUUGAUCAGGUCGACGAUCGAACAUUUAGGUCUAAUUUCACGGGUGAUGGUGCUGACAAGCUGAGGGACCGAGUUAACGAUAAGCUUAAAGAGUUUAUGGGCGAUUAUACUGAUGACACUCUCGUCGAAUAUGUAAUUGUCUUACUAAAGAAUGGGAGACGCAAAGAAGAGGCAAAGAAUGAGUUGAAUGUAUUCUUGGGAGAUGACAGUGAUUCUUUUGUGUCUUGGUUGUGGGAUCAUUUGGCUUCACAUAUUGAUUCAUACGUAGAACCUGAGGAGCCAGGUGUGAGUGAGUUGAUUAAGUCCAAGCCAUUGUCAGUAGAGAAACCUGGAACGAAUGAUUCCCAUCAUUUGGAUUCUGAGUCCGAUAGAGGAAAGUCCAAUAAGGAAUCUAGAACUCGACACAACAGGGAAUGGAAAGGGCUGGCUAGAAAUCCUGCUGAACCACCUCCUCUUCGAAGCUCUGGAAUUGAAAAUCUUCAUUUAGAAGAAAGAUCUCAUCACAGAAGUAGGCGUUCAAGGAAGUCUUCUUCUCCUCCUCGAGCUGCUGCUCAAAGGAAGAGGGAUCGAACUGAUGAGAGACAUAACACAAAGAGGGAAACAACUCAGAUGAACGUUGAUGCUCCUCGACGACUGCUUCAAUUUGCAGUGCGGGAUAUUGUGUCGAUGUCUAGGCCCUCUAAUGCACCCACAGAGCCCUCAUUGAAGCGUCUUCGUUCUGUUGUGUCUACAUCCACCACUGAUUCAUCAGUAGUUGAUCGUCCUCGUCGUCUCCAGUCUGUUGCCAGAGUUGCGAAUCCCAUGUCAGCAGUCAUUAAAGCUGUGGCAGAGGCUGCUGAAGAUGUAUCAAGAGUUAAAUCAUCUGGAAAUGUGUUUGACCGACUUGGGCGUGCAAUGGAUGUAUCAGGGUCCCAUGACCAGUUUGCAUCAUAUGGAGAAGCUACUUUUGAGGAUGGUGAAUUUGGAGCUGCCAAUGAAAUUCAGAAACAAAAACAGUCAACAUAUCUGAAAAGAAGUGAUCACAGUGGUCAAUACAUUGGCAAUAUGACCAUGCUUGGAGAUGAGACUGGGUUGGCUUCUGAUUCUAUGUCUGAAAAUGAAGGGUAUGAUGAUGUGAAUGUAUUGGGUCACAAUAUUAGAGAUGUUUCUCAAACUGGGACAUCUGGUGGAAACAAGGGGGAAGAGUCGAUGAUGGUUGAAUAUAGUGUAGCUAAGAAUGCUAAUGAUAGAAUGCGGUCGAUCCGGGAUAAAGUUCAGGGCCAACCUGCUGUGGCUUCAAAUACCUCACAAAAGAUUGUUAACAUUUCUGUGAAUGUCAAUACUUGGAAGCCUUCCCAUUAUCAGGAGCCAAGGGAUGUUGCUCAAGUGGGUGGCUGGAAAUCUGUGCAGGCAGGUGAUGUAGGAGCUUCAAAAUCUGGAAUACGAAUAAUGAAAGAUCACAGCAACCCUGUCACAGUAAAUGGAAAUAUAAAACCUCCUACAGAAUCUCCGAAAGAGCAUCACAAAACUCUGCCAUCUACUACUGGUUAUUCAGCGGGUCGUCCCUUAGAAGAUGCAGAUUCUCGAACGCUAUUUGUUAACAAUGUUCAUUUUGGUGCUACCAAAGAUAGUCUUUCAAGGCACUUUAACAAGUUCGGUGAAGUACUAAAGGUUGUCAUAGUAACUGAUGCAGCAACAGGGCAACCGACCGGGUCAGCAUAUGUGGAGUUCAUGCGCAAGGAGGCAGCAGAUAAUGCAUUAUCUUUGGAUGGAACCUCCUUCAUGUCACGGCUUCUCAAGGUCGUGAAGAGAACUGCUGGCCAUCAGGAAACAGCUCCUACGAUGACCUGGCCACGAGUGUCGCGUGGUGCUCUGUUUGCCACCGGCAGGUUUCCUAGAGCUGCCUUUCCAAGAGGGAGCCCUGGUUCAUUUCGUCCUCGCCCACUCAUCAAACCAGGAGCAAGAAGCAUGCAAUGGAAGCGAGAUGCUCAGCCAUCUCCAGGUGAGAGCGGGGCUCCGGUACCUACCAGCGCUGUUCCUUCUCCUACUGCACGAAGUCUAACCUAUGUCCGAACAGAAACUAAACAAGAAGCCAAUCCGGGUACCACCUAGGCCAUGGACCUUUCUUUUGAUAUACAAGGAGUUCAAAUUAUGAUCACCUUGAACCGAAACGACAGGGAGGGACUCAAAGAACCGACAGAUUCACAAUAAUGGAAUAUAAUAUUUUUUGUACAUGAUGGAGAACUUUUUUCCUAAUGUCAAUGGCAGGCGAGUAGAGCAAGGUUUUCCUUUUUGAUGUUCUUUUCUUUCAUUUUCUGGGAUUAUAUUUUGUUUUUUUUGGAUGAGGGGAAAUGGGGUUGAAUUUUGUGAAUUUGGGAUAUAGUGAGAGAAGAAGUUGGAUUGUUGGGAGAAUAGUUUUAGCUGUUUAGGUGUUCCUACCCUGAGUUCUAUAAUAUAGACUGGCGGCAUUAAUUAAAAACUGUGAAUAGCAUCAUGGAUGGAUAUGGUUUAUUUAUGAAACUAUAUUUUCACUACUUUGCUUUUGUAAUUUCACUUCCUCAUAUAGAAAAGAAAAAAAAAAACAAGAAAAUGAUUCAUUGUA